UGUAAAAUCCUAAUGUAAUUUGAUAGGCUUUUCCUUAAUCUCUCCUUAUUAUCCAACAUUUUUGUUUAUCCAACAUUCUGCCGGCCCGUUUAUGUUGGAUAAUCGAGACUCUACUGUAUAUUCAGUUAAAAAAUAAAUUGUGGCUAUUGAUGGGAAAUACCUGGAAACCGAGCAGGAUAAGACAACAUUUUGAUUCACACAAAAAAAGAAUAUGGAAAUGGAAACCCACAUUUUCCUAUAAUGUGAUCAAUGGAUGAGGCCACUGUGUUUGGCUGCUGGAUGCAGAUCUUACAAAGGAAGUGAAAACUGAAUAAAUAUCAGACAUGAUCAAUACUACUAUUUAUUCAUAAACUACAGUGUUGUACUCCCAACACUUCUAAUUUGUUUUACUUGGACAAUUCGCUGUAACAAUGUGAUUUCUAUAUCUCAUAUGAUGAAAAUAUUUUCAUCAUUAAGCAUAUUAAGAUACUUUAUGCUCUUUCUGUAAUACCUCAAUCCAGGAAAUUCUUAGCAAUCUAUAUAAAUCCAGAUUUCAAACAGUUCAUUUUUUUUGUUGGAAGUUCAAAAUUGUGUGCCAUAGUUAAAAUAUGUAUGGCACAUAUUGUGAUGGCUAAUUUUAGUAGUUAUUGCUCAUUUUUUCAUUGAUUAAAAAGCUGCCAUUGGCCAUUUGUGACCCAAUUAUCUCUCUAUUCGUUUAAGCAGAUUCCAGGCUAUUUAAAUUUGUCAACCAGCCUAUAUUUUUACUUUAGGCCUCUUAAGUGCAUUUCUGUGGCUGCUUAUUUUUUUUAUUAAUUAUUAUGACUAUGUUUUUUCAAACAUUAUCAUAACUUAUCUAUUAAAUCCAAUUAGGUAAAGGCAUCAGGAUUCUACCCACCUAUUGCAUGGAUGAGAAUUAACUUAUGCUUUGGUUGACUGUUAGUGCAACUUAGAAUGGCAUUCCAGAAUUUUAGGCGUUUUAUUGGAGCUCAGAAUACAUGUUAAUACUAUGGAAGAAAGCAAAAGACUCAUUCUUGUCAAUGAUUAACUGAAGUUCCUUCUGAAGCUGAGUAAACCAGCAGAGUUGGUGUAAUACAAGCUGCUUGCAGAAUGGGAUAUAAAAGCUGGAUUUUUCUAUUUUUAUUGGUCGCCUCGGGAGAAAUCCUUACAGAAGAGGAGCUUUGUGACUUGCCCAACACAGAAAAUGGAAGAAUUGCCCCAUAUUACUAUAGCUUUAGAAAUUAUUACUUUCCAAUGAAGAAAGGUGAAAAGCUUUCUUAUUCAUGUUUGGCUGGUUAUUCAACCGAGAGUGGUAGUCAAGUUGGAAGUACAAACUGCACAUCAAGAGGCUGGACACCAGUCCCCAAAUGCUAUAAAAAAUGUGUGAAACCUCCCUUGACUAAUGGUGUUUUUUCUGACACAAAACUGUCCUAUGCAAUAUGGGAGAGCCUGCAGUACACUUGUGAUUCAGGUUAUUGGACUCCCGAUGGCAGCAAAGAUAAAACUGUGCAGUGUCUACAAGAUGGAUGGUCAACCCAGCCACAAUGCAUCAAAGAAACUGGAACUUGUUCAUCAUCAGACCUCCUUCAUGGACACUACCAUACCGUCCAGAGACAGUUCAGUCUUAAUGAAAAACUGAAAUAUAGCUGUGAUGAAGGAUAUCUUACUACUGGAGGCAACUCAACAGAGGAGGUGCAGUGUCUUCCACAAGGCUGGUCCCUUUCUCCCAUGUGUAUCAAAUUGGGAUGUUCAUUUGUAAAUCCUAUACAGCACAUCAGACUUCAUCCCAGGAAAGGGAGAUAUGAAGAAGGAGAUGUUGUUCAGUUUUUCUGCCUGGAAGGCUAUUCUUUAAAAGGAGCCGAACUAAUUCAGUGCUAUUACUUUGGCUGGUACCCACAGCCUCCGGUAUGCGAAGAAAUAAGAAACAAGUGUCCUCCUCCACCCCAACCACCCAAUGUUAAAUUAUUAGAUAAUUUAAGAACCUACCACCAUGGAGAUAUACUGCAUUUGGAGUGUGAGCAGCCAUUUGAAAUCAGAGGAGCUGCAGAAAUUCGAUGUGAGGAUGGCAAGUGGACUUCACCACCCAAAUGUAGUGAGGUGGACAGGAGAGCAAGUAUGGAUGGUGAUCUUGCAAAUGAUGGGAGCUGCAGUUCCCCUCCUAUAGUUGAAAACAGUGUCAUCACUAAUACAAUUGAACCAGUGUUGAUGAGCUACAGAAGUGGUUCUUUUGUGGAAUACAGAUGUUUCCAAUUGCAUCUGAUGAAAGGACCUAAUACAGUUCACUGCAUUCAGGGAAGUUGGACAAACCCUCCAAUUUGUUUAAAACCAUGUUUGAUUAAUGAUGAAACCUUUGACAAUUAUAAUAUAGAAAUGAAAUGGAGGCUGGAAGGAGAACUGUAUUUCUUACAUGGUAACAUUAUUGAAUUCACGUGUAAACCAGGAUAUGUUCUGCCCUUAACAACCAGGGAAUCCCAGUUGAUGGUACAGUGCAAUGAUGGAGAACUGAAAUAUCCUAAGUGUAUUUUGAAAGGUAGAAAUGAAAACUGUGGCUCUCCACCUUCCAUAGAAAAUGGAGUUGUCAUGGGUUCACCAGCAACAAACUAUAUCCCAGGUUCUUCAGUAGAAUACAAUUGCCAUGAAUACCAUUUUUUGCAAGGUUCGAGAACAGUGUCCUGUUCAAGAGGCCAGUGGACUACCCCACCCAGUUGCAUAGAACCAUGUACCUUAUCACAGGAAGAGAUGGCAAACAAUAAUUUGGAUCUGAGAUGGAGUUUUGACAACAGGCCUUAUUUUCUGCAUGGAGAAUUUGUUGAGUUUGUGUGCAAACGAUUCCACUUGAGAUCACCAUCAACUUCAGAGUCUGAUUUCAGAGUACAGUGUCAGAAUGGGCACCUGCUGUAUCCACAUUGCAUUCGGAUAAGAGGGUGAUAAAACAAUGGAGAAAAGGAUGCCUGGAUGAUGCUUUCCAUAUCGCAAGAUGGUUGCCAAUGUGAAUUUUGGUUUUGAUGUUGACUGUCACAGACCACUUUGGUCACCCAAGAUGUCUGGGAUAGCUGAGCACCUCAAUUUAGAACAUCAUUUGAAUAUUUGUUAAAGUACAAAAUAAUAAUAGUAAUAAUAAUAUAGUAGAGUCUCACUUAUCCAACAUUCGCUUAUCCAACAUUCUGGAUUAUCCAACGCAGUCUGUCUUUUAGUAGUCAAUGUUUUUGUAGUCAAUGUUUUCAAUACAUUGUGAUGUUUUGGUGCUAAAUUCAUAAAUACAGUAAUUAUUACAUAGCAUUACUGCGUAUUGAACUACUUUUUCUGUCAAAUUUAUUAUAAAACAUGAUGUUUUGCUGCUUAAUUUGUAAAAUUAUAAUCUAAUUUGUUGUUUAAUAGGCCUUUCCUUAAUUCCUCCUUAUUAUCCAACAUAUUCACUUAUCCAAUGUUCUGUUGGAGAAGUGAGACUCUACUGUAGUAAAUAUAAUAAUAAUAAUAAUAAUAAUAAUAAUAAUAAUAAUAAUAAUAAUAAUAAACAACUUUAUUUCUACCCUGCCGAAGGGACUUGGUGUGCCUUACAAGCACUCAUAAUGUAACAAUACAUAUGGUGUAAUAAAUACAGAUAUAUCAGUAUCAAAGAAAAACACAAUUUACAUCAUCAAUACAUAAAACAAUACUACAAUAAAAUCAAUCAACCUUAAAACAGACAUCAAUAAAACAUUACAGUAAUUAUAGACAUAAAAUGAAUAACAACCAACCAGUCAUAUAAAGUGCUUUCAGUGAAAACCAGUAGGUCUACAAUUUAAACCUUUUGGGCCCUAUACCUAUUGUAAAGCUUGGUUAAAGAGCCAAGUUUUUAGGUUGGACUGAAAACAUUGGAGGGUGGGGGCUAGCUUAAUUUCCCAAAGCACAAACCCACAGUCUAUUUGCUCUACCUUACAUUUCCCUAAAUGCCAGAUUAUUGAAAUUUAUAUUCAUUUGUCUUUAUUAGCAAAGGUAUUUAGUAAGGAGACAUAUCAGCUAACGUUCAACAUUAGAAAAAAACCUCAGCUAACCCAAUUUUCCCAAUUCUGUGGGUUUGGAUUCAUGUGAACAGAUACAAUCACCAUCCCAUUUUGUCUACUCUUUUCAUUUCAAAUUGAUGGUAGAAUCAUAUUAAAUAAUGAAAUGCCAGGUGUGUCUCACCUUUCCAUAAAUACUGCUUCCUACUAAGUAAUCUUCCUUCUUACAGUACUAUCAAAAUUCAGAUUUUAAAAGCUUUAAAGUGUUUUUCAAGACUGCUGAAAUAAUUAGCCAAAUGUACCAGUAAAAUGUAUAUUUUUGAAAAAUAUGUCAGUUCCUCAAUAGGGUGUGUUUUCCUAAUUAUUGCACUUGCAUCACAUAUAGAAACAUAUAGACAAGAUAUCUAUUAUAAUAUGCAAAUGAUAUAUUUACAUCAUAUGAUUGUGUCAUUUUAUAUAUGGUUGUAUUAUAUAGUUAUAUCAUAUGAGUAUACGAUAUAUAAAUACAAAAGUUCACACCUGCUUA